AUGCCGAUGCUGGAGGUCAUCUGCAGCCUGAUUGGCUGGCUGUGUCUCUACUUCUUGUUCGUCUGCACCUUCACUCAGCGGGGACCCGAGUGGAACUGUCGCCUGGUCACGUUGUCCCACGGCGUCCUCAUAGUGCUGCUCACAGCCUACGUUGUUUUCGUAGACGGACCCUGGCCCUUCACACAUGCAGGUACAGAAAACACAGAGCUCCAGAGCUUCGCCCUGGCUGUGUGCCUCGGCUACUUCUUCUUCGACAUGGGUUGGUGUGUAUGCUACCACACGGAGGGCCCCGUCAUGCUUGCACAUCAUGCUGCCAGUAUUGCAGGCAUCCUGCUGGCUUUACUGAUGGGAGUCUCAGGCUGUGAAACCUGCGGGGUCAUCUUUGGCAGCGAGAUCACCAAUCCCCUGCUGCAGACCCGCUGGUUCCUCCGCCAGGUGGGCCUGUACGACAGCCUGCUGGGCGACGCGGUGGACCUGCUUUUUAUUUUACUGUUUGCCACUGUUCGCGUGGGAGUCGGCACGGUGAUGUUUUACUGCGAGCUCACCUCUCCUAGGACUUCACUGAUAAUGAAGCUUGGUGGAGUGGUUAUGUAUGGGCUGGCGUGGGUGUUCAUGGUUGACAUAGCCAGAUUUGGCUACAAGAAAAGCAAGGCUAAGUAUAAAAGGUGGAUAGAGAACCACAAACUCAAAGACAUGGACAGACAAAAGGUGGGUGGACAUUCAGACAAGAGUGAAUGAAAAGCUAAUGUUCUGUUUAAGGGCUUCAAAAGCUCUAAAGGUGCUAUGUACAGCAUGAGAAUAAUAAAAGAUUACUAAAUAUUUUUAAUAUGAUGUAUAUUAUGAGUCCCCAAAUCAAAGAGAAAAGUUAUGUAUGCGUAUCAUGAGCACGCUCUAACCUUGUUUUAAAAUGCCAUGGGCUGCUUCAUAGAAAAAGGUUUAAGUUGUAUUAGCAACAGUUAGUAGUCUAAAUGUCUGAUGUUUUUGCACCUUACCCAAAAAGUACCAGCAAAUUUAUAGUGAUGGAACAAAACAUUCAUAGCACAGAAUGUCCUGGAGUAUUACUACAGAAA